AUGGAGAUUUCUUCUCACCAGUUUCACCUCUUGCAGCAGCUCAAUGAGCAGCGCAGGCAGGACUUAUUCUGCGACUGCAGUAUCCUGGUCGAGGGAAAGGUCUUCAAAGCCCACCGCAAUGUGCUCUUCGCCAGCAGCGGCUACUUCAAAAUGCUCCUUUCGCAGGGCUCCAAGGAGACGAGUCAGCCGACGACGGCUACUUUCCAGGCGUUCUCUCCUGACACAUUUACCGUUAUUCUAGAUUUUAUGUAUUCAGGAAAACUGUCCCUCACCGGUCAGAAUGUCAUCGAAGUCAUGUCGGCUGCUAGCUACCUGCAGAUGACUGAUGUUAUCAGCGUGUGUAAAACGUUCAUUAAGUCCUCGCUGGACAUCAGUGAGAAGGAGAAGGAUCGCUACUUCAGUCUGUCAGACAACAACGUGAAUUCCAACGGCGUGGAGCGGUCCUCCCUGUACGGCGCUGGCUGGAGGGCGGAAAGCAGCCCCCCACACCCCCACUUAAGUCCGGAUCAAGGAACGAGCAUGAUGGGUGGAAACGCUUGCAGCAAUUUCAGCUACUAUCCAACUUCUCAGAGAAGUGCCCAGCAGCAGCUGUCCAAACACGAGCAGAGGCAGGAAUCCGUAAAGAAAUCAAGGCACCUGGGACCGCAGCAACCUUCUGACAUGCCGUACUAUAAAUCAAGCAAGCUGGAGGACAGGGCUGCCGAGCCCGCUGGCCACAUGGCUCAGGCUGAGGAGCAAGUUCAGCUUGAGACAGAAGUUGAACCCCAUCACGUGGGGUACCAGUAUGGGCAGGGGUCGGACGUGAUCCCGAGGGGCUUGGCCGUGUCGCAGCAGGAGCGGGAAUCGCCCCGGUCUUCUAGUAAAUCCAAGUCUUCCAAGGCAGAGGAGCAGUACGCGAGCAUGCCCUCCCUUCUGGGCGUCAUGGGAAGCUGGGCUGACGAUGAUCUGCCCAGGAUGAGGUUCAAGUGCCCGUUCUGCACCCACGUGGUGAAAAGAAAAGCAGACCUGAAGCGUCACCUCCGCUGCCACACAGGAGAGCGCCCGUACCCCUGUGAGGCGUGCGGGAAGAGGUUUAGCAGGCUGGAUCACCUCAGCAGCCACUUCCGAACGAUUCAUCAGGCCUGUAAGCCCAUCUGCAGGAAGUGCAAGCGCCACGUGACCGAGCUAACGGGACAGGUGGUGCAGGAGGGGACGAGGCGUUACAGACUCUGUAACGAGUGCCUGGCGGAGGCUGGCAUAGACCGCAUUCGCAUUGACUUGGAGGCCGAAGCACCCCUUGAAUUCCCACAAGAUGGGGAUAAGGAUUCCAGGUGGCACUACGCGGAAGACAACAGAUCGGACGUGGAGAUCGUGGAGGACGAGUCGACCGACUUGGUCAUUCAGCAAGUUGACGACAGCGACGAUGAAGCGGACGAAAAGGAAGUGAAACCAAAUAUUAGGUAGUUGCGAGACAAAAAUCAG